UAUUAGCACCUACCUAGAUACAUAUAGGGUACAAUGGCAACUAGGGUGGCUUCAAGAGUUGAAAGCUUAGCAAGCAGUGGGAUACAAUCCAUUCCCAAAGAGUAUGUGAGGCCACAAGAAGAGUUGACCAACAUAGGUGAUGUAUUUGAGGAAGAGAAGAAGGAAGGCCCUCAAGUUCCGACCAUUGACCUCAAGGAAAUCGAUUCUCCGGAUGAGGUUGUGAGAGCCAAGUGCCAUGAGACUCUCAAGAAGGCGGCGCAGGAAUGGGGUGUGAUGCACCUUGUCAACCAUGGCAUCCCCCAAGACCUCAUCGACCGCUUGAAGAAGGCCGGGGAGACCUUCUUCUCGCUGCCGAUAGAGGAGAAGGAGAAGUAUGCCAACGACCAGGAAUCUGGCAAGAUUCAAGGGUAUGGAAGCAAGCUUGCUAACAAUGCAAGUGGACAGCUUGAGUGGGAAGACUACUUCUUCCACCUUGUUUUCCCAGAGGAUAAGCGUGACUUGUCCAUCUGGCCCAAGAAACCUUGUGAUUAUACUGAGGUUACAAGCGAGUAUGCAAGGCAACUGAGAGGACUAGCGACCAAGAUUCUUGGGGCUCUGUCUCUUUGUCUGGGUCUAGAAGAAGGGAGGCUGGAGAAGGAAGUUGGAGGGAUGGAAGAGCUUCUACUUCAGUUAAAGAUCAAUUACUACCCUAUUUGUCCCCAGCCAGAACUUGCACUUGGAGUUGAAGCUCACACAGAUGUUAGUUCACUCACUUUCCUCCUCCACAACAUGGUACCUGGUCUUCAGCUCUACUAUGAGGGCAAAUGGAUCACAGCAAAGUGUGUCCCAGAUUCCAUCCUCAUGCACAUUGGUGACACCAUUGAGAUCCUCAGCAAUGGUAAGUACAAGAGCAUUCUCCACAGGGGUUUGGUCAACAAGGAAAAGGUUCGGAUAUCUUGGGCUGUUUUCUGUGAACCUCCUAAGGAGAAGAUCAUACUGAAGCCCCUGCCGGAGCUUGUCACGGAUGCAGAGCCAGCACUAUUCCCUCCUCGCACUUUUGCUCAGCAUAUUCAGCACAAAUUAUUCAGAAAGACUCAGGAAGGUGUCCCUAACUGAUGAUCGUUAUCAGAUGAUAAUAAUUAUUAAGCAUCAUCAUCAUGUGUACUAAUACCGAGUUUUUGAAGUUUGUCUAUAAUAAUAGGCUAUCCAUGAGGCCUCUAUUUUACUAGUUUAAGUUGGUUGGCUAUUUUGGAUUCUCAUUUCUCUCUCUGUCUUUUGUUGCCAUUUCCUCUAGCAAGGAAGAGUAUUGAUGUAUUUAUGUUUUCGGAUUUGAUUGAUACAAGCUGUGGUACGUCAUAAUCCAAACCAAUUUGGUAGGUAUAUUCUUGGCUUCUUGCACUUUUUUUUUUGUUUUUUCUUUUUCUG